GGUGAAGAAAGGAAGAGACGCUUUCUACUGUAAUGAUAAGACUCAUUCCGUCGUUUGCCGUGUUUCGAGAAGAUAUUUUCCCGUUAUGGCAAGUUUGUAGCCUCUUUCUCCCUCUCCACUGUGGAGUUUUCCGAAAGAGUUGGGAUUUCUCUGGAGCUCGUUUGCUUACGUGACUCGCCGUCUGAGUUCACCCGCUUCUGCUCCGAUUCUUGUUCUCUCUUGCUUCAUGAUCUGCUAGUUCUCCGCCGCUGUCUUCUGAUAGGGCUUUAUGGGUUCGCCUUUUCCGAUCUUUACUGAUCUCUUUAGGAUUUUGGCUCAUGCAUGCCUGACUGGAGAAUUGAGCUUGGGUACCGGGUUUGUGCGAGAUCGUUGGAUUGUGAUGCUUUGUUGCUUUCCUGGAAAAUAUUAGGGCAUGGAGGCUGCAAAUUAUCCGCUUCGAAUGCGGUGAAAGCUAGUCUGAUAUGGAAGGAGUUGGGGAAGAAAUUGUGGCGAGUAACAACAUUCAAUUGGAAGGUCGAGAGAAUAAUGUUCCAUGUAAGCUGGAUGAUCACAUUAUCACUGAAUCACAAACUUUGAACGACCCUUUGAGGAAUGAUUGCCCGGCGAGCUCACUUCACAGGAGUGUACUAGAUGCUUCUGAGUGCAAGGACUUGGCCAAGCCCGUGGUUUCUCUCAAUGGAUCAGGACCGCCACUUAAUAGUGAUUACUUUGUUGAGAAUACCACCACGAGAGCUUCUAUUGAAGAGUUGACAGUUGGGAAUUAUCGGAACCCGGGUUUGAUUCUAGGGAGUAAUACGGGCAACUCCAAGGCUGAAAAGUUUGAUCAUCUCUAUCGUUUGGCAAACGGGUCUGGUUUUCAGACUCCAGAUGAGGACCUUGACUCUCAGCCUCAGGACAUGGAUCAGAUGUUGUCUAAAAUCAGACAACAGCUUGCUAGAGCUCCUUCUGAAAGAUGGAACCUGAAACCUUUUAUGAGCAGGCGGAGCAAUCAGUUUCCCAUUGCUGCAUCUGGACGUGUAAGAGUGGUUGGUGACAAGAAUGUCAUGAAUGCUUCUGCAUUGACCAGUGAGGGUACCCAACUUAAAAUGAAUUCAAGUUCUUCGGGUUUUUCACAAUUGAUUCUUAAAAGGGCUAUGAAGGGGAAGACAAAGGUUGGCAAAAUCCAUGAAAGUCAUCCUGAUUUUGGUGGUGAUCAAGACAUUGGAAGUAAGGAAGAAAGGGUGGAUAUCGAGCCACCUAAUAUCCGUGAUGCAUUAAACGUGAAAUCAAGUACCAAAAACAACACCACUAUAUUAUAUGAUGCUGAUGAGGAUUAUCCUAAAUCUUCUCCCUGUGGAAUCAAUUUGAGGGAAUAUCUGAGAUCAGGUUGUCCUAAAAGAACCAAAGUUCAGAGUCUUCUAUUAUUUAGGCAGCUUGUUGAGCUGGUUGACUCAGCACACUCGCAAGGAUUCUUCUUGCAGCACUUAAGGCCUUCUUUUUUUACUGUUUAUCCACCUGACAAGCUUGAAUACAUAGGCUCUUUUGACAAGAAAGAUUUGCACGCUGAUGUCAAUGAAGAUGUCAGUAGGAAGAGGUUCUUAGUGCAAGAAUCAUCUACUCCAGCUAGAGGUUUGAAGCAAAGAAAAAUGGACGCCCGUGUGCAUUCUCCAGGUAGUCACCUGCAGUUUGCCUCAACUUGGAGAUCUGGAAGAAGGGCCAGCCCUGAGAUUGAUUUAAACUCGAUUGAUACUUGGAAUUUAGACUGUUAUGAGCACCCAUAUCAAAAUCGUUCCAACCAUUCAGGCAUGUCUUCCUUGAUGAGAAAACAGUCGUUGCCCACGGCUCUUCGGCUAGAAGAGCAGUGGUAUAGUUGUCCUGAGGAGCUAAAUGGGGAUGACGGCAGAUUUAAAUCAAAUAUAUAUUCUCUUGGCGCUCUUCUGUUUGAGUUGCUGUGCGAUUGUGAGUCAAGUGAGAUUCAUCCUGCAGUGAUGUCAGAUUUAUGCCUUCGGAUUCUUCCGCCAAGAUUUCUUUCGAAAAACCCCAAGGAAGCUGGAUUUUGUCUUUGGCUUCUACAUCCUGAACCUUCAUCUAGACCAACAGCUAGAGAAAUACUGAAGUCUGAGUUGAUAAGCCAUGAUGAUUGCACCAUAUCCACCGCCGAUGAUGAUGAUGAGGUGUCAGAGCUAUUGCUUCACUUUUUAACUUCACUAAAAGAGCAGAAGCAGAAACAGGAAUCUAAGUGGUUGCAAGACAUUCAGACCUUAGAUGAAGACAUAAAAGAGGCAGAGAGAAGGUACUCUUCAAACACAUCCCCGACCAAAUUUCAGGGGGACAAUGAUAGAAGACUGCAAUCAUAUCCAAUAGACCCAAGCUGUCCCUCUCAAUUUAGUACCUUUUCUGUGUCUAAUGCAAAUACAGAUAGACUGAUGGGUAAUAUCCGUCAGCUUGAAGAUGCAUAUUACUUCAUGAGAUCCCAAAUGAACUUGUCAGAUUCUGCUACCACUGCCCGCUCUGACAAAAGCCUACUGAAGGACAGAGAUAGGUGUUCUGAUAUCCAAAACGAGAAUCAAGAGUCGAGACCGAAAGGGAAAUCAUCUGAUCAACGUGAAUUGUUUUUCGAGGAUUUGUGCAAGCUUGCUCGGUAUGGUAAGUUUGAAACCUGUGGGACUAUAAGGAGUGGAGAUCUUUUGAACUCUGCGAGUGUGAUCUGCUCUCUGAGUUUUGACCGUGAUGAAGAACACAUAGCAGCUGCUGGGAUAUCAAAGAGAAUCAAGAUUUUUGACGUCGGAGCAUUUGUGAAUGACUCUGUAACAGUCCAUUACCCGUUAGUAGAGAUGUGCAACAAAUCUAAAUUAAGCUGUGUUUGCUGGAAUAGUUACAUAAAAAACUACUUGGCCUCAACUGACUAUGAUGGUGUGGUUCAGAUAUGGGAUGCUGGGACUGGACAAGGAUUUUCUCAGUACACGGAGCAUCAGAGAAGAGCCUGGUCAGUUGAUUUUUCUCCAUCUGACCCGACAAAGUUUGUCAGCGGAAGUGAUGAUUGUUCUGUGAAGCUUUGGAGCAUCAAUGAGAAACGGUCGAUAGGCACGAUCCGGAGCCCCGCAAAUGUUUGUUGUGUGCAAUUCUCUGCUUCCUCCAAUCACUUACUGGCAUUCGGAUCAGCUGAUUACAAGGUGUACUGCUAUGAUCUCCGGCAUGUCAGAACACCUUGGUGCACAUUAGCUGGCCAUGAGAAAGCUGUUAGCUAUGUGAAAUUUAUGGAUUCAGAUACCAUCGUUUCUGCAUCGACAGAUAGCUCUCUCAAGAUGUGGAAUCUUAACAAUACAAACCCAUCUGGUUUAUCUCCCGGUGCCUGUUCAUUGACAUUUCAAGGACACACAAAUCAAAAGAAUUUUGUCGGGUUGUCAGUUAUGGAUGGAUACAUAGCCUGCGGUUCAGAGACCAAUGAGGUAUAUAGUUAUUACAGAUCUUUAUCAAUGCCGAUAACUUCGUACAAGUUUGGAUUGGUGGAUCCUCUUUCGGGAAACGAGUUCCAUGAUGAGAAUGGACAGUUUGUGUCGAGUGUCUGUUGGAGACGAAACUCAAACAUGCUAGUUGCUGCCAACUCUACCGGAACCAUGAAACUACUGAAACUGGUUUGACGCAUACAUAUAUAUAUAUAUAUAUAGCCCUCGUCCCCGCAUUGCUUCCUGGGAAUUGGACGCCGAGAUAUUUGGACCUGUUGUUCCGAUGUAACAUUUCGAACGGUCCUAACGGUAAUGGUACACUGAUACCUGCAUUCCGGGUCCAAGGCAGGGCGGUUGACCUGAACCAACAUCAGCCAUGACCACACUGCAUCAGUUAUCGACCCAGACCGGACUUCUCUUGUUGAAGGAAUCUGCCACUGUCCCUCGAACAAGAUUGGGGGCAAAUACAGAAAAUGAAGUAAUCUUUCCCUUAUAUUUUGAUCAAAAAUAUUCUUCAUUGUAAUUCAGUCAUUCCUGAGUGUUCAUAUGUUUAAGAGUUCGUCAAAUGCUUGAGGCGGCAGCAAAUUUCCUAAAUUGCCCUUCACAGCUUGUCGUC